AUGGCAACCUGUGAGAAGAAAAAUAGUGAGUCUGCUGAUUCGUUGGGGAGCAUUGACUACUUUUCCAUCCCUCUGAUUACCCUGAACUUCUCGGUAAGGAAGAAACUAGCUCUGUACCUCAAUCCAAGAACUGUAGUGGCAGCAGACUGGACCGUGCUGGCCGAGGAGAUGGGCUUUGAGUAUCUGGAAAUUAAGAACUACGAAAGGUUAGACAAUCCCACCGAAAAACUGUUGGAAGAUUGGCAAGUCAAGGAUGGCUCUUCUGUGGGCAAAUUAAUGGAGUUACUCCAAAAGAUACAACGUGACGAUAUCCUUGAAGAUGUCACACCAGAUAUUGAAGCAAGCUGUCGACGAUACCUUAAUAAACCAGUUCAAGUUCAAUCAGUGGAUAGCAGUGAGCCCAAGACUCCAAGUCCAGGAGGAAUAACAAUAAGAGAUGACCCGACAGGAGCUGCACCCGAGUUCUUUGAUGCUUUCAUUUGCUAUUGUCAAGCUGAUAUUGAGUUUGUCCAUGAGAUGAUCAAGCAGCUUGAGCAGUCCGAGUGCAAACUGAAGUUGUGUGUAUUUGACCGCGAUGUGCUGCCAGGGUCGUGUGUCUGGACCAUCACCAGCGAGCUUAUUGAGAAAAGAUGUAAAAGAAUGGUGGCGAUAAUCUCUGAUGACUAUUUGGUCAGUAAUGAUUGUGACUUUCAAACGAAGUUUGCUCUGAGUCUUAGUCCAGGUGCCCGAGACAAGCGCCUGAUCCCUGUCAAGUACAAGCAGAUCAAGAGGGAAUUUCCAAGCAUUCUCCGUCACAUCACGUUGUGUGAUUACACAAACCCAAGCACCAAAGCAUGGUUCUGGAAGAGGCUCGCUAAAGCACUCUCACAACCGUGAAAGGAGACCCUAGAGAGGGAACAGAAAUACUCUAGGUGAUUAUGUUGUUUACACUGCAAGAAUGAAGACAGUUUGGGGUUCUACCAUUCCAUUAAUCUGUACCAAAUGACCAGCUCCGGUGUCUUGACUAUACAUUACUUUUUUCAGUAUUAAAAGGAUUGGAUCUUUUCUCAGUAGUGAUGUACAGCAAAAAAAUGUUUUGAAUAAUUUCAAGAUGCAGCCAAGAUCACAUCCUUGAGAUGCAGAGCUAUUUUGAGUGUUAAAUUGAGUACAUUUUGCUUCAUAUAGAAACAAAUCCACCACGUUUGAGUCUAUGGAGAUGUCUGUAGUUACACAUACAGUUUGCUUAGAACAGUGUCAGUUUUCACAUUUACACUUAAUACCUAGCAAAACCUUAUGACCACUUUUCAACUUAACUGUUUCUACACUGUCAGACUGCUUAUCUGACUAAUACUUAAUGAGCAGAAAUUUCCUCCAAUGCAAUAUUGGGAAGAUUAAAGAUGUUUAAAAAAAAAAAAAUUGGAAAUGAGAAUCUAAUAAUGAUCAUGAAACUGUUGACUCCAGACCCACAGGUUGACUCUUAACUGCCCUCUGGGCAAUAAAUGCUGGCCUAACGAGUGAUAUCCAAAUCCCACAAAUGAAUAAAAGAAUAAAAUCUCUUGACAUAAACUUUGUUCCUUGGAUACCAACUCUAACGCUUUUAGUAACUGAAUCUAAACCACACUCUUUACAAUCUUGUGGAAUUGGACCCCAAGAUAGCUGUUGAUAAUGCGUCUGGAUCAUCAGCAGUAAAACUGCCUAUUUCCUCCUCCAUAAGAUCUGAUUCUGCUGCUGCUGCUUCAAUUUAUCUGUUGCUGAAACUCUAACUUGUGCCUAUGUUAGCUCCAGAGUUGACUAUUCCACUCCUGGUUAGUAGGACACAUGUUCCACCUUCCCAAACUUAAGGUCAUCCAAAACUCUGCAGCCCAUUUCCUAACUAGCACUCAAUCCUGUUGACCCAUCAUCCUUGUGAUUACUGACCUACAAUUGCUCCCAAAUUAACAAGAUCUCUUUUUAUAAUUGUUGUCCAUGUACUAGAUUAUUUCCAAGGGUUCCCUACUCCAUAUCACUGUGACCUCCUCCAACCCAUAACCAAGGUAACUUUGCUGAAUAUUGGCUUCCUAACCAUCUGUGAGCUUAAUCGCUUCAAAACUGAUGGUUGUGCCUUCAGCUGAGAAGACUCUAAAGUUUGAAAUUCCUUCCUUUAAUCUCUAUGCCUCCCUAUCUCACUUUUGUUUUUGAAGAUGCUCCUUAAAACACAUCUUUGACAAAGCCUUUAGUCAUCAGCUAUCAUGUGUUUCAGUGUCAAAUUUUGUUUAGAUUUUGCUCCACCGAAGCACUUUAAACCUUUCUAUAAAAUUUAAAGCUCCAGAAGAUAAGUUGUUGGUGGAAUCCAAAACCAGAAGUAAUGAAUAUAAAGCAGUACGUAAUUUGUAAACCCGGUAGGACAUUUAUAAGUCGUUGUCUGCGCCGCCCCCCACCAUUAAUAGUAAGGUGGAAUAGCCACCAUAAGGAGUUGUUGAGGUAAGUAGCAGAUACAUUCAAGGAGAAGCUAGACAUGCACAUGAAGCGAAAGGAAUAAUGUAUGUUGAUUGGUUAGAUGAAGAAAUCUGAGGGGAGACUCGCGUGGAGCAUAAAUGCUAGCAUAGACCUCUUGGGCUGAAUAAUCUGUUUUCAUGCUGUAGACUCAAUUAUAUGUACAUCCUAGCAUGUCACUGAGAAUCUCUAUUCUGCUUUGGAAAAAACCUAGGAAUAACUGAUAUCAGUACAGAUGAUGAUCAUAAAGCUAUGAGAUUGUUGUAAAAACCCCACUGCUUCAUUAAUAUCCUUUGGGGAAGGAAAUAUGCUAUCAUUACCAAUCUGGCUUAUUUGUGACUCCAAUCCCAUUUCUAAUGUCUGAUCUUUAAAUAUCCUCUGAAAUGAUUUGGAAGAGAUGCAUAGUCAUUUUCAGCACAGAUACAAAUAGUUUUGAAAUAAAGACCCCGUUAGUAUCUCUUGCAUCCUGAUGCAGAAAAUGUAUCGGAGAAUGCGUUGCAACUAACAUUUACUUUUCUGACAACCUAAGAAAAGGUUAUUUUUCUUUAGGAUCUGCGGGGACAACUUUAAAUUCAACUUGUGGAAAGGCCUUCUUCCCCUCUUGGCUGUCACAUUUUUAGCAAAAUUGUCAUUUUUUUUUUCAUUGAUGUUUUAUGUAUUUUCUAAUGUAAAAACAAAAGGGCUAAAAUAAUAAAAAAAUUUAUAGAAGUGCA